GUCUUCCGCUCGGAGACUCGUGGCGAGAAAUUAAGAAAGAAGAAGAAGAAGAGGAAGAAACUGCGUCAGCUCAGAAACACACAGGAACCCUAGAAAUUCAAUCGAUUUCUAGAAUUUCAUGUUUCACUCACCUCAAAUGGUGAAGAAACGAGUCCCAGAAUGGCUCAACAGCUCGCUCUGGUCUUCUACGCCUUCUCCUUCUCUCGACGACGAUCGCGUUCAACCCUACACCUCCAAGCCCACCACAAUCACCAGUUCUUCUUCCACCUCUGACUACGAGCCACCGUCCAUGGUUGACCCACCAAUCCCCGUGCCCCCUCCCAAACCCACCAGGGAAGACAAGCCCCCUCCGCAGCCCCAAUCCACAGAUUCACUUCCUAAUCACGAAGACAAGAACAACACCACUCCUUCCCCCGAAGACAUCUCCAGGCAGGCUCAGCUCUUGGUCGAGCUAUCAAGAAAGACGAUUAAUUUGCGCGAUUUGCGUAGAAUUGCGUCGCAGGGCAUACCAGAUGGUGCCGGCAUACGUUCUACUGUGUGGAAGCUUUUACUUGGAUAUCUACCACCAGAUCGGGGGCUUUGGUCAUCUGAGUUAGCUAAAAAGAGGUCACAGUACAAGCAUUUUAAAGAUGAGCUUUUGAUGAAUCCUUCAGAAAUCACAAGGAAGAUGGAUAACUGUACAAAUUGUGACACUGAUGAAUCAAAAGGUCAAGGCAAAGGGUUGCUAUCAAGAUCAGAAAUAACUCAUGGCGAGCAUCCAUUGAGUCUUGGGCAGUCCAGCGUCUGGAAUCAGUUCUUCCAGGACACAGAGAUCAUAGAGCAGAUUGACCGAGAUGUAAAGCGUACUCAUCCAGAUUUGCACUUUUUCUCUGGGGACUCUUCAGAUGCUAAAUCUAAUCAGGAUGCUUUGAAGAACAUCCUGAUUGUAUUUGCCAAGCUAAAUCCCGGUAUAAGAUAUGUUCAAGGGAUGAACGAAAUUUUGGCACCACUGUUCUAUGUAUUCAAGACUGAUCCAAAUGAGGAAGAUGCGGCCUCUGCUGAAGCAGACACAUUCUUUUGUUUUGUUGAAUUAUUGAGUGGCUUCCGGGAUCAUUUCUGUCAGCAACUUGAUAAUAGUGUUGUGGGAAUUCGUUCCACUAUAACAAAAUUGUCACAGCUUUUGAAGGAACAUGAUGAAGAGCUAUGGCGUCAUCUUGAGAUCACAACCAAAGUCAAUCCCCAAUUUUAUGCAUUUAGGUGGAUCACCCUUCUCUUAACCCAGGAAUUCAAUUUCGCAGACAGCCUUCACAUUUGGGAUACACUUUUAAGUGACCCAGAAGGUCCUCAGGAAACCCUUCUUCGAGUAUGCUGUGCAAUGUUGAUUCUCAUUCGGAGGCGCUUACUAGCAGGUGAUUUUACCUCUAAUCUCAAACUACUGCAGAACUAUCCUCCAACAAACAUCAGACAUCUGCUGUAUGUUGCCAACAAGUUGCGUGUACAAUCCUCAGGCUAAUUUACCUUACACUGUCAUUCCUUUUUCAUUUUUAUCCAUUUUGUGAUUCGAAUGUCCAUGUUUGUAAAUGACUGGAUGUAUAUGCUCUUAGAGUAACAACUACUAAUGCCUUGAAUUGAUUAUCUUUGAUAGAAUAGACUUCAUCCUUUAUUUAUUUCGCUUUCCCACCAAUUCUGGAAUGGUGAAAUUGUUUACUGAGGGUUAUUGUUUCGGAACACUAGUCGUACAUGUUGAUUCCUUGGUUUGACAAAUGGAUUGCAGUUAUUUAAUUAUUUUAUAUAA